AUGUCGGCGAGAGGUCCUCGUGGUCGCGGUCGCGGUCGCGGUCGCGGCAGGACGAUGAUUUGGCAAUGGGAGACGUACGCGCCCCCGCCGGCCAUCUACGACAACAUCUGGCAUCUUCGCCAGGCGCCCGUCGCAGUCACGCCCGCGGCGCCCUCCGACUGCCCCUUGCCCGACGCCCGCACGCGCAUCCUGGAGCGCCGCCAGACCGAGGACGGCAUCGGGCGCAACUUCUACCUGGUCGAGGUGAUCCGAGACGGCACUGCGGUGCAGACGGUGCAGACGGUGGACGCGAGCCGCAUUCUGCACUAUGUGAGCCCGCGCGAGCUGGAGCGCUUCGAGAACGAGCAGUUCCGCAUCGAGGCUGAGGCGCAGGCCGUGGCUGACAGGGUGGAAGCGGAGGAGCAGGUCAGGCGCCGCAUGGCCACGAACGCGCGCGUCGCCGGCAGUGGGCGCGGGCGAGGCAGCCGCAUGCUGGGCGGGUUGGUCGUCGACUCGGCGCUGCCCACGGCGCGGGGACGCGGGCGAGGGCGAGGGCGAACGAGAGGAAGGGUUGGCCGGCGAGCGAGGGGCGGACGAGGCGGAGGAGACGGGCUGGUCUCGUCUCCUCGCGAGAUGCAGCAAGACCAGACGCUGUCGACGCCGCUCGAGGAGACGGACGAGACUGUCAGCGCAGACGAGGACCGAAUGUCCCAACCUGUGUCGCCCAAUCUCAUGCGCUCGGCCUUUGUCGCCAACAGCGCCCUACCGCUGUCACCAGCGCAGCGACGCGGCCAUCUCGAAGUGCCAGACAUAUCUGAAGACUGUCAAUCAGUGCACUUUCAAGACGCUCAGUCGGUCCAAUCCGAAGCCGCUCAGUCAAUCGACUCGGACGACGGCGAUGGACACCGCGGCAAGCGCCGCAGGACAGAAAGCAUUCCACCAGCCGGCCAUUUAAUGCUGCAAGAGCCAGCAGCUGACGUCGAAGACGACCACGACGUCGAAGACGACCACGACACCAAAGACGACCACGACUCCAAAGACGACCACGACACCAAAGACGACCACGACGCCAAAGACGACCACGACGCCGAAGAGUACGUUGUCGAGGCCAUCUUCGAGCAUUUCCUCGACGAACACGGGCGCAAGCUCUAUCUCGUCAAGUGGGACGGAUACGAGGACAGACACGACUGGCUGCCGGAGGAGGAUCUCCAAGGCGCUGCGGAAAUGGUGCGUGACUACAAUGAACGCGUCAAGCGCCGAGCAGAAUAG